AUGUUCAAAAUUACAAAAGCCUCUCGUUACCAAUGCCAUACUUGCAAGUCAAUCUUUAAUAACAGUCGAACAUAUAAAAGAUGUCUCAAACAAUGCAUGACAAAUAGGGCAGAAUUACUUGUCAAUGGCAAAGUUUCCCAAACUGUCUCUCUUCCUGAUCAAAGUCAGUUUACAUCAGCAAUGGUUCCUAACUUGACUUUUGGAGAAAAUAUCAACACAAGCAGUAGUGAGAAUAUAGAUAUCAUUGACAGUACUGAAGAUGAUGAGUCCAUGUACGAUUUUGGAGAAGAAUGCAAGAAUGUCAUUGACAAAAUUGAAGGCACCACACCCUCACUAGACUUUGAUUUUAGCCAGCCUCUUUCUGUUCCCAGCAAUGAUGAUAAAAAGAAUCUCGCAUUCAUGCAGUUGAUCCAAGAGUUUGGAAUUUCUUCAUGCAGCCCACACCUUGGAAACAAGCUUCUUGAGCACUUCUUAGAUAUCAAAGCAGACGGAUACAACAUUUGCAUCAGAGAUUGUAUGCAGUUCAACAACGAGAAUGAUAUCACAUGUGUAAAAUGCAGUGAAGCAAGAUACAAAAAUGGCCAAACUAGUGAAAGCAACACCAGGGUUCCUUACUUCCGCAUGUUGUCUGGAACCCAGACGUACUCACUGGAGAGUUCCAGAAACUACAAUCUGACAAGCAUUGAAGACAGAAAGGGGCUCAAUGGUCAGUCACCAUUAACCUCAAUGGAAACAUUCUCUGGCCCGUUUUUUGUGUUAGACAAGAUGCAUGGUCUGUGCCAUGGAAUCGGUAAACAGGUAUGGAGACUUGUAUGCAGAAAGUAUAGAAUCAAGCAUCCUCUAUGUCUUUCUCUUGCCACUCAAAGGGAGAUUGGUGCUGCAAUGGUAGCCGCAAAAUCCACAAUCCCUACAUCAUUGCAUGGUGCCUGGAGAGACGUGACAAAGAAUGCUGGUUUCCUUAGAGCUGUGGAUUGGGCAGACUUUUUACUCUUUGUUGUCCCCACUAAUCUUAUAGAAUGGAACUUAUUCCUAGAGAGUCUUCUUUCUACAGCAGAUAUUGACAUUGGUGUGUUCACAAUUAACCAGCACAUUAUUCAGCAUUAUCCUCAGAUGAUUGAUCUAUAUGGCCUGCCAAGAGCAUAUAGCAUACGAUCCAUGGAAAGAGCCAUUGGUGAGUACUCCAGGUCUAUCAAGAGUAACUCCCAAGUCAGUGUCAAUGCUGGAAACAUCAUGAUCAGACUGGCGCAAUCCCAGCAUGUAGUGGAACUGACAACCAUUGCAAACACAAAAACUCUACCAGCUAACCUUCUAGUUUACAGUGCAUAUACCAAUGGGUGGCCUGUUACAGAUGGAGGUAAUCCUGCCAAUGCUGAGUGUGAGAUUGAGUUCUGGGGGCCUUUGAAGAAUUUAACAAUUUUUGAUAGCUUUGAAGAUAGAUCUCAUCUUUCAUUGCUUCUUAAAACGUUUUAUGAUUUGAAGGGGGAAGAAUGUAGUAUGCUUGAGCCUUCCAUAAAGACAAGCUGCAAGGCCUAUCUUAAUGGUUGUGUUAUUGACACUGCAUUCAACCAAAGUUCUACAAAAGAGGCAUGUCAUAUUCAUGUGCAGCUACAAGUGGACAUGAACUCGAGAAGAUUCCGCUCUUACUAUCCAGGAUAUAAGCAUUUCUUUGGAAAGGUAGUUAUAUUCUUUCAACUAAAGCCAAAGACUAUAGUGAUUCAUGCCAGUAACAUUGUAGAGUUGGUUGACUUGGUGCCAUCAAAUGUCAAUGGUAGCCAUUACAUCAUUUGGCCUAACCUUAAACGUGGCCCAAAAUUGACACUUGGUGCCUUAAGUGAUAUAUAA